AUGGUGGAUCGUCAGCGCGACGACAAGACCGAAACAAGUAUGCGCCCAGCCACUGCAGCGGCAAAUGCCGCAAGUCAGCAAAAUCCCUCGAUUGCCAGGAGCAUGUCUCGAUACCGGCGCAAUCGACCUCCAGCCUGUACCGACUCAGCAGCACCUCCAACCCCCGCGCUUCCGGUUCAUCGCAAAGUUGACUGUGCGCCUGUUCUGCCAAGCAGUGCCAAGCCAGUGUUAGGGCUGGAGGAAGAGAAGGCAAGAGAACAACACAGGUUAAAUGCAAUGGCGCAGUUGACAGGCGCUGCUCCCGUUCCAGUAGUCUCAUCACGGACUGCAAAGGCGACGAAGGAAGUUAAACCGAGGAAAGCGCUUCACAAAGAUCAACCCUCGACGACAUCAUCGCGGCCGGUCCAGUCCGGCCGACACAAAGCGGACACCCCACCCUCCUCUAGUGAUACUAACCGCAAGUCUCUUUUACAAAAGGUCGGCCUCUCCAAGUCAAAACUGUCCCAAGACCUCACCAAAGAUUCCCCCAACUCAGGAUCUGCGAAGCCCAACUACAUUGGGAUUGGAGGUGGCGGUAUUGUGCCUGGCACUGAUGCGCCAGUCUCUGCUGUCAAUGCGGGUGAGCGUUUCGUGCUUGUCAAGUUUGGCGAUGCCAGCGCACGGUUGCCCGUGACUCCAGUCACCCAGGUGCAAGAUAUGCUGCAGGCCGCUGCUCAACAAAUCUCUCGCGACAUUGAACCGGACACCUUCAUUGUGAUCGAGUCCUUCCAACAGAUUGGGCUGGAGCGACCUUUGCGCCAGUAUGAACGUAUCCGAGAUGUCAUGAACUCCUGGGCGUUGGAUACCGAUGGUAGCCUCAUUAUCGUACCGCCUUCUAGUAUAGAGGCCAUCGCCCAGCUUGAAGCGCAAAGCGUUCCUGUUGAAAAACCUAGCGAGACUACAGUCUACUGCUACUACUCUCAUCGACCUCGCAAGUGGGACAAGCGAUAUGUCACUCUCCGAGCUGAUGGACAAGUGACAAUCUCCAAGAAAGAGAACUUGAAAGAUACCACCAACAUCUGCCACAUCUCAGACUUUGACAUAUACUCCCCAAGCGCUCGAUCAUCUGCAAAAGAAAUCAAGCCCCCUAAGAAAAUCUGCCUUGCAAUCAAGAGUCAGCAGAAGUCGUCCAUGUUUCUGUCAACUGACAAAUUUGUGCACUUUUUCAGUACCAAUGACCGUGCAGUGGCUGAUAAGUGGCACAAGGCUGUUCAGAGCUGGCGAAGCUGGUACUUGGUGAAUAAAGUGGGUGCUGCAAAUCCAGUCAAACCAGCCGAUGAGGUGGAUCGCAAGGCUUCGCUGGUGCAAUCUGCAACCAGGAUGAUCCCCCAGAGAGAUGCAUCUUCCGAGAAACCUCGAUCGUUGGACCGUCAGAACAGUGAGCCAGAGCCUACACGCCGCUCUAUUGAGCAUACCCGGAAAGAAAGCGUCCCACGCAGGAAGACGACUCGCGAGCACAGGCCCCCUCCAAGCUCAUUCCCAAAGACCCUCGCCAUCGAUACCAACACGAGCCAACAUCAGACACGUACACGUCAAGACUGGUCCCCCUCCGAAGACCCGGCUGAUGGUGUCUUUAACUCAUCCAGCCUAUUGGGUAGAACGUAUACCCAGCGACAGCAGGCGAUGCGUGAGCGGGAAGAAAGAGAAAAGCGAGCAAAGCAAGAUCCGUUUGCCGCUCAGGGUCUCGUAUCUGCAAGCCCCGUGUAUUCACCAAUUGCACAGCCGAGUAGCCGCACCAACACACUCACCCAAGCCGAUACUGCCGCCCAACUGGGACGUACAAUGUCCCUCAACCAGCAGCAGAAGCCGUUGGUGGAUUUGACCCCGGUCUUCGUGGAACCACCCCAGCACUCUCGCAAAGGUCGUGGCGUCCAUAUCGAACCUGGACGGCAGCUGAUCGAUGCAGCUACCGGUCCCGAACUGACCCCUGGCAAGGUGAAUGUUCCCCCAGCCACAUCCUGGCGACGCCCGCCUGCCGAAGUCCCUCCGCAGAGCCGGUACCGCUCGAAUACCAUGCGGAGUGGGCGGAGUGGGCGACAGGUCUCGGCACCGGUUCACUACGCAGGCGCCAGUUCGGCCGGAGCCAGCCCGACGUCGCCUGAAGGCCCAUUCGUGGCGAAUAGUCUGUUGGCGGCAUCGAGUCGUAAUAUGGGUAGCUACCCGGGCCAGAGCAGAGCAGCAAUCGGGGGACAUGGGGUUGCGACGGGUGACCGUAACGCAACCCGCCCGUUGCUCGACAUGUCGGACGAGAACCCCUUUGCGGAAGGCAGUCUGCUGCGCAAGCUGUGA